CUGCCAGGAGCUCUUCCUUGCUUGCUCUCCUCGCUCGCAGAAGCUCCCAAUCCAGAUACACGCAAGGCGCUGUCCUUUCAGCACCACAAGCUCGGGCUGAGGAGGGAGGACUCCUGGCUGUCCUCCUCCUCUUCAAAUUGGCUUGAAUCUGCUCUGACCCCCAAGAGUGCUGCACAGUCUGGAAAGAAAGGCGUAAGGAUGGUGAAGCUGAACAGUAACCCCAGCGAGAAGGGAACCAAGCCACCUUCGGUUGAGGAUGGCUUCCAGACCGUCCCUCUCAUCACUCCCUUGGAGGUUAAUCACUUACAGCUGCCUGCUCCGGAAAAGGUGAUUGUGAAGACAAGAACGGAGUAUCAGCCUGAACAGAAGAACAAAGGGAAAUUCCGGGUGCCGAAGAUCGCCGAAUUUACGGUCACCAUCCUUGUCAGCCUGGCCCUCGCGUUCCUUGCCUGCAUCGUGUUCCUGGUGGUUUACAAAGCCUUCACCUAUGACCACAGCUGCCCAGAGGGAUUUGUCUAUAAGCACAAGCGCUGUAUCCCGGCCUCCCUGGAUGCUUACUACUCAUCCCAGGACCCCAACUCCAGAAGCCGCUUCUACACGGUCAUCAGCCACUACAGCGUGGCCAAGCAGAGCACUGCCCGGGCCAUCGGGCCGUGGCUGUCGGCUGCUGCUGUCAUCCAUGAGCCCAAGCCGCCCAAGACCCAGGGCCACUAGAGGCCCAUCCCCAGCCAGAACGGGGGGUGGAGAGGGGGACCCCUCUUGGCUGAACCAAGCUCCAGUUACAAGACAACACUGUACUCCCGGGAUAGGGGGGCGGGGGUGGGGCUAGGGGUGAGCUGGGGGGGAGGGGGGAAUCUCACCGAAAAUAUUGUGCACUGGAGUUGUCUGAAUCGAUAUUUCUUUUUGUCCUUUGGUGUUGUUGCUUCGUCCCUGAGUCAGGCUCAUGUACAAAGGCAUGUUAUGUGUUGAUUGUUCCCAUGUAAGAUAUUUUCAGCGCCACUGCUUAUUCUUUGUUAGGAAUAUUUUAGAACAGAAAAGGAAAGAAAAGAUGAACUGGCUAUCUCUGGAGGAUGCUGGCGGACACUCAGGAGCUCUCUGGGCUUCCAAGAUGAGACACUGGAGCUUCAGUGUGGGAGGCGGAGGGCACAGUGGAUGCGGGCCACACACCCUAGGGAUCUGUGGGUGGUCUCUAGUCUGUAGGCUAGGAAUAUGGGGAGUCAGCACCCCCUGAGUCGAGGAGAAGGACUGAUUUCAAAGUUAUACAACCCAGGGUAAAAAGCACCCGGCCUGCAAGGUUAGCACAAACUCAUCCCUGGGGGCUCCUGAGCUGGUUUCUGGCCAACAGGCAGCCCAGGGCUGUGACUGGAUAAGCAAACAUUAAGCAUCAAGCAUCGGGCACUUGUUUUUGCUCUUUUGUGUUUCCCAGUCUACAUCUACGUGGACACGGGACACUCCCCUGGUGUAGAAAGUGACAGUUGUAGAAAGGAAGAGCGAAAGGAGAGGCUGCAGAGAGAAGAAAGGCACAGGCGGGCAUGUGACAUUUGACCCAGGUAUAAGCACAGGCACUCAAUUUUGAUGUUUUUGUUCAUUUGUUGUUUCCCAAAGUGCUGGUAACGAUCUGCAGAACAGUUAAGAACCGUAGCCAGGAAGCUCAGGGGAUAGCCAGGGAGGCUUUAAGCUGGGGACUGCAAGGAUGCCAAAUCAUUUCAGAAGGAAGCCGGAACACGGGACGGUAUUUUGGUAUUUUGCCCACUCUUUGUAUUGACAGGGGACAUCGUCCAAACUCCCCAAUCUGGUUCUAGAAGCUUCUGACAAGCAAGGGAGCAUUAGCAUUUGCCAAACCUCGCACUGCCCUGGAACUCUCACGGUGCCCUCCUGCCAUUGUUUGGGGGAGGCCGGCUUGGUGGGGUCUCGCUCCAGCCCCAACAAGCCCAGAACUAGCUGGGAGAGUUGAUUAUUAUGGAUGUGAUAGUUUCCCCUUGAGGCCCCACCAGGUCAUUAAAGGGCAUGGUUCUGUGGCUUGCUAUGUUGGCAAAUCAUUGUACACAACAGCUGGGUGAUAACAAGCACAACUCAAUCUGUUGUGCCAAGUGCCAUCAUCUGACUUUUCCUCCCUGCCCCGUCCCCCAUCACCUCAGUCACCUGUAAAUUCAUUUGUCACUGAAGUGGAAUAACAAAACUGUCCCUAGCAAAACCGCUGAACGCUUUAUAAUUUAGUGGUGUAUUUUUGUCAGUAGGUAGCAGAGGCUGAAGUAUUUUUUUGGUGUAAUUCUUGAACUUUUCUGACAGGAAACAAAUAAAGAUAGAUGUGUCUGACA